UUUCUAAAGAAAAAAAAAAUAGUGAUUAUGAUUAUAGAAAAUUAUUUAUAUUUGAUUAUAGCGACGGUUAAAUAAUUAUUUCACAAAUCGUUUUCAGAUUUUAAUAGUAUGUCUUGGAAUUUGCAAUAAAUGUUAACGUUUAGUUUACUUCGCGGAUUAGUUCUACAACAUAAUUUCAACCAUUUUUUUGUGAACGCAUUGGUGCAUUAUCAAAUAUGAUGGAAUUGAUUGACAGUUACGUAGUAGCCAGUCAAAUAGUGCUGCGCGCCGAUUCCUCAGAUCCAUCAAGCUGGCAAGAACUACAUACUCUGCUGCCUCAUCUACAUGACGGAUUAUCUUGUCAAACCUGUAAGCAAUUAGUCAAUUAUCCAAGUUCCCAUCCUAAUGGAUUGCUAUGCUCUGCUUGCACUAAUGUCAAAAAUGUCAAAGAAGACACUUGGUCAAUUCUACAAUAUUACAAAAAAUUAUGUUCUUUUAUACAUAAAUCACCUUUGUUUAAUGUCAUGUUAACAAGAGUUGAAGAUAAAAAAAUAGUAGAACUAGUGACUGAAGCUAUCCAUGUACCAAAACCAAUUAAUGGUUAUAAUGGCUUUUUAAAUAUCAGUAGACCAAACUUGGAUGAACUUGAAAGACAAAAUAAUGAUGAACUACAUUUACCAUCAGAUUUUAACAUAUCCGUUGACAAUAAAACUUCAAAAGGAUUUUUUAACAUAUUAUCCGAUAUACAAACGCCAAAUGAUAGAAAACAAGCAAAACCAGUACUUAAAAUUAUCUCUAAAAAGAAAGUUUAUAAGAAAGCUGCUCGUCAUUGCGGUUGUCGUUGUGGUAAUGCAACAUCUUCACCGGGAAAACUUACGUGUUUUGGACAAAGAUGUCCAUGUUAUAUAAAACAGAAGGCAUGUGAUAGGUGCAAAUGUCGAGGGUGUAGAAAUCCUAAGUCCAAACCAUCCAACAAUGGCGAUAUCAUUGAAAUGGAAAAAAUUCGCCGCAAACCAGUAACAUUAGAAUUGGUAUCAUCUCUAAAUACAUCACUUGUCAAGAACAAACCAGUAACUAAUUGAUAAAAAAAAAAGAUGUAUGACGUAUCACAGUUCUUAUCAUGUAGUCGGAAUUUCAACCAGCGAACUGAAGUGGCAUUAAGACACAUAAAUUCUAUUUUUCCUCAUUAUCCUUAUAAAAAUUGUGAUUUUGUAUUUUAUAUAUAUAUAUCUUAUAGUCGUGUAGAUCAUUUAUUUUUGAAUGGUCUAAAUGGAUAUCACAUUACAGUUUAUUUAUAAUUUAAGAAUUGAUUUUGAAUUUAUCAAGUUAAAUAAUAUUUGUUAGUUUAAAAUUAUAUUCAAAAAUUUUUUUUGUUAA